UCCUCCGAGCGCCGUAUGUCUGCGAGCAGCGGCGCCGCGCCGCCAGCAGGGGGAGCAGCGGGCGGGCACCGCCAGCGCCGGGGGGGGAGCUGGGCCGGCAGCGCCGCGCGGGUGCGCGCCUCCGCCGAGCAUUACGGCGCCCGUUCCCGGCUCCCAGCGCCGAGCGAGCCAUGGCCGAGCGCCGCGCCUUCGCGCAGAAGAUCAGCAGGUAGCGCGGCGGGGAGCGGGGGUCGGGGCCGGCGGGGGGGCACUGCUGCGCCGCGCCCUUCGGGGUCGGCCCGGCGUCCCGGCCCCGGGGCUGCUCGGCGGGGCCCGGCGGGGCAGGCGGGGCAGGGCCGGCUGCGGGGCCGCGCUGGGGGCCGCGGUUCCCCCGACAAAGGCGUGGGGGGAGGCGGUGUGCGCGCGGUGCCGCUUCCCCGGGGCGUAAACCGAACGGAACGAUUUGAGAGGGGCCGCGGGACCGAACCGCCCGCCGCCGGAGCUCCCUCAGCCCGCACAAUGGGCCCGGCCCGGCGAACCGUGGCGGCUGAAGUCAGGAAGCAGAUCUCAGGGCAGUAUGGAGGGUCUCCCCAGCUUCUCAAAAACCUCAAUAUUGGAGGCAGCGUCUCUCAUCACACAACUGUGCCGCUUACAGAAGCAGUGGACCCCGUCGAUUUGGAGGACUACCUUAUCACACACCCCAUUGCAGUCGAGUCUGGCCCCUUGAGAGACUUGCUUGAGUUCCCUCCCGAUGACAUCGAGGUUGUGUACACCCCCCGGGAAUGUCGAACGCUGGUGUCAGCUGUUCCUGAAGAGAGUGAGAUGGACCCUCACGUGAGGGACUGUGUGAGAAGUUACACAGAAGACUGGGCAAUUGUGAACAGAAAGUAUCACAAACUGGGGACUGGAUUUAAUCCCAACACUUUAGACAAACAGAAGGAGAGGCAAAAGGGGCUCCCCAAACAGGUCUUUGAGUCUGAUGAAGCUCCAGAUGGCAACAGUUACCACGAUGAACAAGAUGACCUUAAACGGCGCUCCAUGUCGAUUGAUGAUACUCCCCGGGGCAGCUGGGCUUGCAGUAUUUUUGAUCUGAAGAACUCCCUUCCAGAUGCCCUUCUCCCAAACCUACUGGACCGAACCCCGAAUGAAGAGAUUGACCACCACAAUGAAGAUCAGAGGAAGUCCAAUAGGCAUAAGGAGCUUUUUGCACUACACCCGGCGCCAGAUGAGGAGGAGCCUAUAGAACGACUUAGCAUUCCUGAAGUACCCAAAGAGCACUUUGGCCAAAGACUCCUGGUGAAGUGUUUGUCUCUUAAAUUUGAGAUAGAAAUUGAGCCCAUUUUUGCAAGUUUGGCUUUGUAUGAUGUUAAAGAAAAGAAAAAGAUUUCAGAAAAUUUCUACUUUGAUUUAAACUCCGAACAAAUGAAGGGAAUGCUCCGUCCACACGUCCCCCCUGCUGCUAUAUCCACGCUGGCCAGGUCUGCCAUCUUUUCAAUCACCUAUCCCUCUCAAGAUGUGUUUCUGGUAAUAAAGCUUGAAAAAGUAUUACAGCAGGGAGAUAUUGGGGAAUGUGCUGAGCCUUACAUGAUUUUUAAAGAAUCCGAUGCAGCAAAGAAUAAGGAAAAGUUGGAAAAACUGAAAUGCCAGGCAGAACAGUUUUGCCAAAGACUAGGCAAAUAUCGAAUGCCUUUUGCAUGGACAGCCAUCCAUUUAAUGAACAUUGUGAGCAGCGCUGGAAGUUUGGAAAGAGAUUCCACAGAAGUAGAAGUUGGCACAGGAGAACGCAAAGGGUCGUGGUCAGAGAGAAGGAAUUCCAGUAUCGUUGGGAGGCGUUCGUUAGAGAGAACCACAAGCGGUGACGAGGCUUGCAAUUUGACCAGUUUUAGACCAGCUACUCUGACAGUGACAAACUUCUUUAAGCAGGAGGGUGAUCGCCUGAGUGAUGAAGAUCUGUACAAGUUCCUGGCUGAUAUGAGACGGCCGUCAUCGGUGUUACGGAGAUUGAGACCUAUCACAGCUCAAUUAAAGAUAGACAUAUCUCCAGCUCCAGAGAAUCCCCAUUACUGCCUGACUCCAGAGUUGCUGCAAGUCAAACUUUACCCAGACAGCAGAGUUAGACCUACAAGAGAAAUCCUGGAGUUUCCUGCCAGGGAUGUCUACGUUCCAAAUACCACAUACAGGAAUCUUCUUUAUGUCUAUCCUCAGAGCCUUAACUUUGCCAAUCGCCAAGGAUCUGCCAGGAAUAUCACUGUGAAAGUCCAGUUCAUGUAUGGAGAGGACCCAAGCAAUGCUAUGCCGGUUAUCUUUGGCAAAUCUAGCUGUCCUGAAUUUUCCAAAGAAGCAUACACAGCUGUAGUAUAUCACAACAGGUCACCUGAUUUUCAUGAGGAAAUCAAGAUUAAGCUUCCAGCCACUUUAACCGAUCACCACCAUCUGCUUUUUACUUUCUACCACGUCAGCUGCCAACAAAAACAAAACACUCCCCUGGAGACUCCAGUUGGAUACACCUGGAUUCCGAUGCUUCAAAAUGGACGGUUAAAGACUGGUCAGUUCUGUCUCCCUGUUUCAUUGGAAAAGCCACCACAGGCGUAUUCAGUGCUUUCUCCAGAGGUUCCCCUUCCUGGAAUGAAGUGGGUGGAUAAUCACAAAGGAGUUUUCAAUGUAGAAGUUGUUGCUGUAUCGUCCCUCCAUACUCAGGACCCUUAUCUUGACAAGUUCUUUGCACUUGUCCAUGCUCUGGAUGAGCACAUGUUCCCUGUGCGAAUAGGAGACAUGAGAAUUAUGGAAAACAACUUGGAAAAUGAACUGAAGAGCAGCAUUUCAGCUUUAAAUUCCUCUCAACUGGAGCCGGUAGUGCGAUUUCUUCAUCUCCUGCUUGACAAACUGAUUCUUCUGGUAGUAAGACCUCCUGUCAUUGCAGGCCAAAUAGUUAACCUUGGCCAGGCAUCUUUUGAAGCAAUGGCUUCAAUCAUAAACAGACUUCACAAGAACCUGGAUGGAAACCAGGACCAGCAUGGCAGAAACAGCCUUCUUGCUUCCUAUAUUUAUUAUGUUUUUCGCCUACCAAAUACCUAUCCCAACUCACCAUCACCAGGUCCCGGAGGCUUAGGGGGAUCAGUGCAUUAUGCCACCAUGGCUCGAUCCGCUGUCCGACCUGCAAGCCUUAACCUGAACCGCUCCCGCAGCCUCAGCAACAGCAACCCAGAUAUAUCUGGGACCCCCACCUCACCUGACGAUGAAGUUCGCUCCAUCAUUGGCAGUAAGGGUUUAGACCGCUCCAAUUCCUGGGUAAACACUGGUGGUCCAAAAGCAGCCCCAUGGGGAUCCAACCCCAGCCCAAGUGCAGAGUCAACACAGGUGGUGUCUUCGGCUACGGAUCGAAGUUGUAAUCGUAUGUCUUCGCACACUGAGACGUCAAGUUUCUUACAAACAUUAACAGGACGGUUACCAACUAAAAAGCUUUUUCACGAAGAGCUGGCCUUACAGUGGGUCGUGUGCAGUGGGAGUGUGCGGGAGGCAGCCCUGCAGCAGGCCUGGUUUUUCUUCGAGCUGAUGGUGAAGAGCAUGGUGCAUCAUUUGUAUUUUGCUGACAAACUGGAUGCUUCGAGAAAGAAUCGUUUUCCCGAGCGUUUCAUGGAUGAUGUAACUGCUUUGGUCAGCACAAUUGCUGGUGAUAUAGUCUCUCGGUUUCAGAAGGAUACAGAAAUGGUUGAAAGGCUCAACACCAGUCUUGCGUUUUUCCUCAAUGAUCUGUUGUCUAUCAUGGACAGAGGAUUUGUUUUUGUUCUUAUUAAGACCUGCUACAAACAGGUGUCUUCCAAGCUGUAUUCCUUGACAAACCCAAGUAACCUGGCAUCUUUGAGGCUGGACUUCCUUCGCAUCAUUUGCAGCCACGAACACUACGUCACCUUGAAUUUACCCUGCAGCUUGCUCACACCACCUGCAUCUCCAUCACCGUCUGUGUCUUCAGCAACUUCCCAGAGUUCUGGGUUCUCCACCAAUGUCCAAGACCAGAAGAUUGCAAAUAUGUUUGAAUUGUCUGUGCCUUUCCGUCAACAGCAUUACUUAGCUGGGCUUGUGUUAACAGAGCUGGCUGUCAUUUUAGAUCCUGAUGCAGAAGGUUUAUUUGGAUUGCAUAAGAAGGUCAUCAAUAUGGUACACAACUUACUGUCCAGUCACGACUCGGACCCGCGGUACGCUGACCCGCAGGUAAAGGCCCGGGUGGCGAUGCUGUAUCUACCUCUGAUUGGUGUGAUCAUGGAAACGGUGCCUCAGCUCUAUGACUUUACAGAGAGUCACAAUCAGCGAGGGAGGCCGAGCUGUGUCACUGCUGAUGAUUAUGAAGGCGAGAGUGGAAGCAUGAUAAGCCAAACAGUUGCCAUGGCCAUCGCAGGAACAUCGGUCCCUCAGCUCACCAGGCCCAGCAGUUUUCUACUCACCUCGUCGAGCGGCAGGCAGCACUCCACCUUCUCAACAGAGUCCAGCCGCAGCCUUCUGAUCUGUCUCUUGUGGGUGCUCAAGAAUGCAGAUGAAAGUGUCUUACAGAAGUGGUUCACAGACCUGUCAGUGCUGCAGCUCAAUCGCCUGCUGGAUUUGCUUUAUCUUUGCGUAUCCUGUUUUGAAUACAAGGGCAAGAAAGUGUUUGAAAGAAUGAACAGUCUGACGUUCAAGAAGUCAAAAGACAUGAGAGCCAAGCUUGAAGAGGCUAUUUUGGGAAGUAUAGGAGCAAGGCAGGAAAUGGUCCGAAGAAGCAGAGGACAGUUAGAGAGAAGUCCUUCUGGGAGCGCUUUUGGAAGUCAAGAGAAUUUGAGAUGGAGAAAGGAUAUGACUCACUGGCGUCAAAACACAGAGAAGCUUGACAAAAGCCACAAACCAGCCAGGUCACGAGCAGAGAUAGAACAUGAAGCACUUAUUGAUGGAAAUCUUGCAACAGAAGCAAAUCUAAUUAUUUUGGAUACACUAGAGAUAGUUGUACAGACUGUUUCUGUGACGGAGUCCAAAGAGAGUAUCCUCGGCGGGGUGCUGAAGGUGCUUCUGCACAGCAUGGCCUGCAACCAAAGUGCACUUUAUCUCCAACACUGCUUCGCCACACAGAGAGCUUUGGUCUCAAAGUUCCCUGAGCUGCUGUUUGAGGAGGAGACUGAGCAGUGUGCAGAUCUGUGCCUGAGGCUCCUGAGGCACUGUAGCAGCAGCAUCAGCACAAUACGGUCACACGCGAGUGCCUCACUUUACCUACUCAUGAGGCAAAACUUUGAGAUUGGCAAUAACUUCGCCAGAGUGAAAAUGCAGGUGACUAUGUCUCUCUCGUCCCUGGUGGGGACAUCCCAGAAUUUCAAUGAGGAAUUCUUACGACGUUCCUUGAAGACUAUUUUAACGUAUGCUGAAGAAGAUCUGGAACUUAGAGAGACAACGUUUCCUGAUCAGGUCCAAGAUCUGGUGUUCAACCUCCACAUGAUCCUCUCUGACACAGUUAAAAUGAAGGAGCACCAGGAAGAUCCAGAAAUGCUAAUUGACCUGAUGUACAGGAUUGCAAAGGGCUAUCAGAAUUCCCCUGACCUGCGCUUGACCUGGUUACAGAACAUGGCUGGAAAGCACUCGGAGAGGAGCAAUCAUGCAGAGUCAGCACAGUGUUUGGUCCACUCUGCAGCCUUGGUGGCUGAGUAUCUGAGCAUGCUCGAGGACCGAAAAUACCUCCCUGUAGGAUGCGUUACAUUUCAGAACAUAUCUUCGAAUGUUUUGGAAGAGUCAGCAGUUUCUGAUGAUGUCGUGUCACCAGAUGAAGAAGGUAUCUGCUCUGGGAAGUAUUUCACAGAAGCUGGUCUGGUGGGAUUGCUGGAGCAGGCUGCAGCAUCUUUCUCCAUGGCUGGCAUGUAUGAAGCUGUUAAUGAGGUUUACAAAGUCCUUAUUCCUAUUCACGAAGCUAACAGAGAUGCCAAGAAGCUGUCUACUAUUCACGGUAAACUCCAAGAAGCUUUCAGCAAGAUUGUCCACCAGAGUACUGGCUGGGAGGAUGGAAAGAGGAUGUUUGGCACCUACUUCAGGGUCGGUUUCUAUGGAACCAAGUUUGGAGACCUGGAUGAGCAAGAGUUUGUUUACAAGGAGCCUGCAAUAACAAAGUUAGCUGAGAUUUCCCAUAGGCUUGAGGGUUUUUAUGGAGAACGGUUUGGUGAAGAUGUGCUCGAAGUGAUCAAGGACUCAAACCCUGUGGACAAGUGUAAACUAGAUCCCAACAAGGCCUACAUCCAGAUCACCUACGUGGAGCCUUACUUUGACACGUACGAGAUGAAGGACAGGAUAACUUACUUUGACAAAAACUACAACCUGCGGCGCUUCAUGUACUGCACGCCCUUCACGCUGGACGGCCGCGCUCACGGGGAGCUGCACGAGCAGUUCAAGCGUAAAACGAUCCUGACGACGUCCCACGCUUUCCCUUACAUCAAAACCAGGAUAAACGUCAUUCACAAAGAGGAGAUCAUUCUGACGCCCAUUGAAGUUGCCAUAGAGGACAUGCAGAAGAAAACACAAGAACUAGCUUUUGCAACCCACCAAGACCCUGCAGACCCAAAGAUGCUGCAGAUGGUGCUACAGGGAUCAGUAGGUACCACAGUGAAUCAGGGACCAUUAGAAGUUGCACAAGUUUUCUUAUCUGAAAUACCCAACGACCCAAAGCUCUUCAGGCAUCAUAACAAACUACGGCUCUGUUUCAAAGACUUCACAAAAAGAUGUGAGGAUGCUCUGCGCAAGAACAAGAGCUUGAUCGGCGCGGACCAGAAGGAGUAUCAGCGGGAGCUCGAGAGGAAUUACCACCGGUUAAAGGAAGCUCUGCAGCCUUUGAUAAACAGGAAGAUCCCGCAGCUGUAUAAGGCUGUGUUGCCAGUCACGUGCCACAGCUCACCGUUGUGUUUUCUCUCCCUCAGAGACUCCUUCAGCAGGAUGAGCCUUCGCAAAAUGGAUAUCUAAGCGAGUUAAAAACCAAAAUAAAAAAGCACUUAACAGUAAGGUUUUGAAAAGAGAGAGCCUUGUUAUCAGCGCUGGGAAUCAAAGAAGUUUUAUUGUGAAAUAAAACUUGGACUUCAUCCUGGACUUCCCACACACCUCCUCCUCCAUCAGAGUGUUCAGUGGCCAAAAAAAAUCAUUUUGAAUUGUCAAAUGUAGACUUACUUAUCCAUGUUUGAGAAACAAAUCAAAGUGGUAUCCAGAGUAUUGGUGAUAAGCUGUAAAGUUACCUGUUUUUUAAGGCAUUUUUAUGACUCAAAGGUACACUAAACGCAUUUACCUUUAUUUAUAGCAUUCUCUAAUGUUAAAUUUAUUUCCUUUUAGUUCCUAUAUUUAAUUUAUAUUAGGACCAUACGCAAAUGCAUUUUUGAAGUUUUUAAUGUAGUGAUGAUGGUUAUUUUGAUGGUACUAUUAAAUAUGUGAAUGUUUACACUUUAA